AUGCAGUCUCUCAAGUCACACCAUGCUGUUUCAUCUUCUCUUUUCAAUCAAUUCUCUUAUCAGUCUAUGACAUUCUUCCUCUCUUUCUCAACCAAAAGCCGUUGCCUACACUUCAACGAAACCACUUCAAUAAUUGAUUACCUGAAUUCCGACUUGCAGUUCUCCAGAACCCAAUCCCUUUAUGUCUCCAAACGUGUUUCAGGGUGCAGAUUCCCUCAAAACCCCUUAUCAGUGCUCACUUUCUUCAAACAAAUAGGCUUUUCCCAAAGCCAGGUUCUCUCCCUGAUUCGUCAAAGACCCCAGAUACUGUUUACAAAUGUUGAGAAAAUCUUGAGACCCAAAAUUCAACUCUUUCAGAUGUCUGGAUUCCAGGGUUACGAGUUAUGCAGCUUCAUUUCAAAGAAUCCCUCCAUUUUGACUCAUAGCUUGAAGAAAACAUUGGUCCCCUCAGUUGAAGCUAUUAGGAAAAUUGUCUACGACCAGAAAGAUUUUAUUCUUGUUUUGCACAGAUGUGGCUGGAUACUCCCAAAGUACAAAAGAAUUAUGGAGAAUGUCGUCUUCUUGGAGAGUUGUGGCAUUCUUGGGACUCAUCUUUCAUUGCUACUCAAACUUCAUCCAAGGCUUUUCGUUGCACAGCGGUCUACUAUUGAAAACAAUGUUUCUCGAGCUGUAGACUUGGGUUUCCGUGAAAAUUCAAGAAUGCUUGUCUAUGCAAUUCAUACAUUAAGUUGUUUGAGCGAUAAAACAUUUGAGAGAAAGUUGAAACUAAUUAAUUGUUUUGGUUUUUCGAAGGAUGAGGGCCUGCAAAUGUUCAAGAGAACUCCGACUUUGUUUAGAACAUCAGAGAAGAAGUUGAAAGUUGGAAUGAAAUUCUUCUUGCAUACAGUUAUGCUGCCCAAGUCAGUCCUUAUUCACCAGCCUAAGAUUUUAAUGUACAGCAUGGAGGAUCGCGUGCUUCCUCGAUAUAAAGUCUUCCAACUGUUGAAAUCAAAAAAUCUCUGCAAGAAAGUCCCCAGUUAUAUUCAUGUGUUGUGCUUGUCUGAGGAGAUGUUCUUGGACAAGAACUCAUCCAGUUCAAAGGUUCAUGGAAAGGCAACAAGAGUUGCUUCAAGUGAAGCUGGAUAUGAUCCAAGGAUGAGGUGGCGUGCUGCUAAUCCAGCAGUAGAGACCACUCGCGCUUGGAAGGGACAACAUGGUCGUGCGGCGAACUCAGAUAACACCUCACUUGAUAACGAUGAAACUUUCAACAGUUUCAUUCGACGUGCCAAGGGUAAACUUAGAACCGUGUCCCACAUCGGUCGGGAGCAGAGCAACGUUACACCUGUACCACUACGAGAUGAUGACGAGGCUAAUGCUAGGGAUAACCUAAACGACCAGUUUUCGAAUUUUAUCAAGAGUUCGAAGAAGAAGUUGAGAAAUACAUCAAGCAUGAGGAAGCAUGGUUCCUUCAACAGACGGUGA